UUAAAAUUUUAUGGUUAUAUUUUUCAGGAAAACUAUUACAUUCCUAGAGGUGGCGAUCGCAAAAAUUUUGGAGGUAAAGUUGCUAAUAAAAUUAGCAACUUAAAGCAAAAAAAGCGAAAGUCGGAUGCGAAAGAACAAGAACACUUGAAUAAAAUUAAGGCCACAGGAAAAAUUGAUUCGCUGCUAGACCCAGAAUCACAAGCAGCAAAUGCAUGGUUGAAAUUAAAUACGGAACCAUGGUCAACGGUACUCGAAAUGUGGUCAAAAAGCUUCAAUUGUCGUAAACAGUACCUCAUGAACAAAAUCCAAACUAAGCAGCUUCUUGCAUUGUUCGAGCACUAUAAAUCGAAACAUGGGUAUCAACUUUUGGAUAUUGAUUUUAAUCUCAAAGGCAUUGGUUCAACGAACGGGUCGGAAAAAUUGGAAAGCUUGAAGGCGGGUUUAAUUACGUACAUCUCAAAAAAAGGUCUGGACCCAUCGGUAGACGGAUUUAUAUCUCUAUUGAUCGACAGCAACGCAUCUGACGAUUCCAAAUUAUGUGCGCUUUUGCUUGGACUUCACACGGUUCUGUCACCGAUAGCGGCAGGAUUGCAUUUUAAACCCACCAUUGUAGUUGCACAAGACGAUACUAUUUUAUUCGUGGAGUCGGUUGAAGAUAUUCGUUCGAAAAUUCAAGCUGUAUAUGCAUCUUAUGCAGAACGCCACUUACCGGUUGCACCAAAACUUGUGUUUUUAGGUUCGGGCUACAAACAGGUCACUGGUAGAUUUUUUGUAUGCUACGACGACGUUAUUUUGUAUGAGCUACCCUCAGCAUCAAGAGCACUGGAUGUUUUGGUAAAGCUAACAGCUGUAUUCGAUCUGCCAUAUGCAAAGCUUUCAAAACUUCUUUGGCAUUUUUUGAGUUCUUAUGUAUACGGAAUAGAGAAACGAGAAACAUAUGCCAACAUCAGCAAAUUAACAGCAUAUUUGAAUAAUUUGGGGACAAAAUGUUAAUUCAUUGUAUGUUACCAGAUUGCGUCGCUAGUUUUACCGGUUGCGAGCCAUAUUUGGACCAUCUAAAGAAUUUCCAUCGAACGCCAGUAUCUUACAAAUAUGUGUGUACAAUGCCACGUUGUCCUCAAAUAUUUUCCAAAUUUUAUCCUUUUAAAAAACACAUUUCAAACC